CUUUUAACGUUGCCCAACACUUUUAGUUGUUAUGCUGGUUGAAAUGCAUAAAUUGUUUGUUGGGACUUGUUUUGGCUCGGGUAAAAAGUUGUUUUAUGGUUUAUAUCGAUCACAUUUACGGAUAAGGAAAAGAGAUUUAUGCCUGAGUACUACAAAAUAUGCCGAAAGCGAAGAAACGGAUGCAACACCAACGCCAGCACCAACAAUACUGGUCGAAAAAGAUGCAAACAUAACGUUGAUUGGAAUCAACAGAGAACAGCAGCGAAAUUCGAUUGAUGGGGAAACCGCAGAGAAGCUCACCGAGGCCAUCAAUCAAUUUGAGGCAGAUGACACCUCUCCAGUGGGCGUGCUGUACGGUGUGGGCGGAAACUUCUGUGCCGGCUAUGAUGUACAAGAACUGGAGGCAGAGGCGCAGCGCGGCAGUCUUAACUUUCUUCUGCGUCACGAGGGAUCGGUGGGUCCCACAAGAAGACACCUACGCAAACCCAUCGUGUGUGGCAUCAGUGGCUUCUGUGUGGCCGGUGGCUUCGAACUGGCUCUACUCUGUGACUUGCGAGUCAUGGAAGAUACUGCUGUAAUGGGCUUCUUCAAUCGCCGCUUGGGAGUGCCAAUGAGCGAUGGUGGCGCCGUACGCUUAGCCGCCGCUGUGGGCUAUUCAAAUGCCGUGGAUAUCAUCGAGACGGGGCGACGGGUCUAUGCACAGGAGGCUUUGCGUAUCGGACUGGUUAAUCGCGUUGUGGCCACAGGUACUGCAUUGGGCCAAGCGGUUAACUUGGCCUUUUCCAUUGCCAAGUUUCCCAUGGCAUCUCUGAUGCACGAUCGCAAUGCCGUUUUGGAUAAUGCAAAUUUCUAUAACCGACACGGCUUCAAUGCCGCCAUACAUAACGAAAUCAUGAACGUGUCGUCAGCGAUGGUGACAGAAAUGCAGGACGGCGUAAAACGUUUCAAGAUUUCUGAAAUAAAGGGCCCUAAGACGGAUGCAUGGCAAAUCAAGCAAAAGUCCAUACCAGAUUGGGAGAAAGCUGAAAUUGAAAUAGAGCAAAACAAGAAAAAGACAUAACUCAUCCAAGAUUCUGUUUCUCGAUUGAGUUGAGUGCAAUAAAAUGUAAUAAAUUAUGUAAAAUAGGAAUGUACAUAUUAACUUGUUUCCGUUUUUGUUAUUACUUAUGGAUAUUUAUAAAACGCAAGCAUUUAUGCACAUACGUGUA